GUAAAAACAGGAAGCGGAAGGAGGAAAAAAAAACAAACGAAGUCACACUUGAAAAGUGUUUCAAAAACCCUCCCUCUCUACUCUUCUCCUCCUCCCGUCACCGGCAACAACGGCGGCGUUGCGCUGAAACUCUGUUAGUUACGCUUCGAAAUCUCAUUUGUGUACAACGGCCAUUAGGUUUGGGCUAAAGAAAUUUCUCAACUAAUGGAGAGAAGGAGAUUCGACGAAUCCUCACUACUUCAUCACUCUGUUACCGGCGGUUCCGGUCUCCGGUAUUCUCCUCCACCUUGCCCUCCGAACUACACUUGUCGCCGUGUACAGGGAGCAUUGAAGCAUUUAGCAUCAAUUGAUCCACUGGAAUUAUGCGAUGAGGCCAAAGUAGAGCACUGCCGAGCAACUAGAGAUCUAAGAAGUUGUGGACGACAUGUACAGAGUGUGUUGAAUUCAUGUGGUCAUGCCUCUUUAUGCGAGGAAUGCAGUCAGAGAUGUGAAGUUUGCCCCAUAUGUAGGAUCUCUUUGCCAAAAGAUGCUAAUAGACUUCGACUGCGCCUAUACUAUGAGUGCAUUGAGGCAGGUCUCAUCUCCAAGAGGUGUGAUGACAGAUUACAAGAGAAAGAGGACAGUGAUAAGCAACUGGUUGCUGAUAUCCAGCGUCUGUAUGCUUUGUUUGAUGUGGCACUGGAAAACAGUCUGGUUUCUCUAAUAUGCCACUAUGUGACAGAUGUUUGUAUGGAUGAAAGUGCUGUGUCAAGUGAUCCCAUCAUUGCCUUCUUGCUUGAUGAAGUGGUGGUCAAAGAUUGGUGCAAGAGGACGUUCAACAAUAUUCUGACCGAGAUUCAAGUGAUGUAUAAUCUAACCAUGACUGCACUGAAAGAGAACUUGACUUUGUUUCUCAAGUUCUCUGUGAAGUUAGGUGGUAUCUCUAACGUUAUUGAUGUCUUGGAAUCAUCAUUUAAAGGUUCUCUUUCUGCAAAGCUUCAUGAUUUGCACCACCUUCAAGAGAGCAUCUUAAAGACAAAACAGCACAUGGAGAUAAUGAUUUGGUGUAUAAGACAUGAGUUCUUGGAGAAGGUGAAGUCCAGGCAUAAAAAUUAUGCAUCGUGGCGAGCUUUGGGUCGUGAAAGGAAAUCUGCUGCAAUUAAACGGGCAUGGCCCGAUAUAGUAAAUCAUUCUGAUGAAUACAAUGCUUCAACACUCUUUAUUGAAGAUGCUCUAUCGAAUAUUGAAGCAGCCGAACAGGGAGACUUGGAUGAUCAUGAAGAAGAGUUAACACUUGCCUAUUUACAGAAAGAUGAGGGCUCUUUAUACUCACGGUCAAAAAUAGAGGGAAUGGCUGGAUGCUAUCCAUUUGAAAGUUUGCGGGCUGCUGCUGACAUUCUCUUUUUACGUGGAAGUUCAGACUUGGUAGUUGCAAAACAAGCAAUUUUCUUGUAUUUUAUGUUUGACCGGCAAUGGACAGUACCUGAUGAUGAGUGGAGACACAUCAUCGAUGAUUUUGCUGCCACUUUUGGUGUGACCAGGCACUCGCUAUUGGAGUCCUUUACAUUUUUCCUCUUAGAUGAUGAAGGUGUUGCGGCUCUGAAGGAAGCCUGUCAACUUCUCCCAGAAAUAUCAAGCCCAACAAUCCACCCGAAGGUUGCUCAGGUUCUGUUGGAGCGGGGAAACCCUGAUGCAGCUCUCAUGGUUCUGAGGUGGUCUGGACAAGAUGGCACACAGCUAAUUUCACUUCGUGAGGCUGUAACUGCUGUCCGUGUGCGGGUAGAAUGUGGACUUUUGACUGAAGCAUUCACGUAUCAGAGGCUUAUCUGUGCUAAGAUCAAGGAAAAAAAGUUGAGGGAUGAACAGUUUCAGAGUGCUUCUGCUGAAGUAGAGGACCAAUGCAGGUCGUGGGGUCUCUGGUUGGAGACCCUUGUCACUGAAAUUUGUUGUCUGUGCAUUAGAAGGAACUUAGUUGACCGCAUGAUAGAACUGCCAUGGACUGCUGAUGAGGAGAAGCACAUUCAUAAAUGUCUGCUGGAUUUUGCUGCCGAGGAUCCUUCAACGCCCAUAGGAAGUCUUCUUGUAGUUUUCUACUUGCAGGGGUCUGAUACCGUGAUACGGGUGUGGAUCUGGAAGUCGGAUCCUUCAUCAUCUGAAUUUUUAGACUUUGGGGUAUGGAUACAGCGUCAUAGAUAUGUUGAAGCAUACCAAGUUGAUCAGAAGCUUCAGAGCAUGGAGGAGAACUUCAUUUCUCAAAAUUCUGUCAGUGAAGAAGUCUUAGCGAGGGUCAGAUCAAUAAAUCAUUGGAGGACUUGUUUGGUUGACAAGGGAGUAGAGUUGUUACCAGAUAUCUUACAACAGCAAAUAAGGACAGGGAAGUUGCCUGAACUGGUUGUUACUUGCAAUGACACAGUCAACAUCUCUGAGAGGUCCAAUGCUGUAGCCCAAGAACCUAUCAUGACCAGUUUAUUGGUUAAUCCUCCCACCGUUUCUGGCCUCAUUCAGCGAGUUGAUGUUGUUAAACCUUCUGUUCUUGACGCUCCAUCUGUACUUGGGGGAUCAUUAAAUCUGUCGAGCUUUAAAGUUGGGCAUUAUAGUUCUCCCAGCUCCCCAGCUUUUUUUAAUGAUGCUGGAGUGUUGAAACCUGAAAGUAUCCUUGGGAAAAAAUUGAAAUUUGAUGAGAUUUUGACUCCUGCAAGUCGUCGUGUUAAUCCUCCUGCUCCUGUAAUGAAGAUCAGCAGGAAUUCGUCAGUGGAACCUUCUAUUAGUCGACUUCGCAAUUCUCAAACAUAUAGAGUUUCGCCUGAGAAGUCUCAGAAUGGGUUUCCAAAGGAAUCUUAUAUUUUUGACCAGACUGCCGGCAACAAUGUCAAUUCUCUUAGUAGCAACAGAGGCAUAUUAAAACAUUCAGUUGAAGAUUCAUACAUGAGUUAUCCUGGUAAACGUCAACUGUCAGAUGCUGCUGAUAGAUCACGGAUGUUACCAUUAAAUGAUUCAAUGGAUGUAAGCUGGAGCCAUGAAGAAAAGGAUCCUUCCACCGUGCAUCUAGAAACUAAUGGUGGACCAAGGUGGAGGUCUGAUGAUACCAGUGAAGACGAGGAAAUCCCCUCACCAGCUGUAUUCACUGGAGUUGUUUCUCCUGCACACACUUCAAGGGGAGUGAGAAGAAGCAGGAGGCUUGCCAGGAGAUGAUACCCCUUGCUGUUAUAGAAUCUGAAAAUGUGACAAAACAUGUAUCCCUUUUGCUGGAUGUGGCUUUUUGUUGACAGACCAGAGUUGGGAGGCAUUGAAGUUUUCUUUUUUAUAACAUUUGCUGCUUGGAUUUCUUGGAAAUAGUAAAACUCAGGUUGAAACUGAUAUUUGACGCUCCACACCACGAUCUUUCCUCUUCCAACUCUUGCACUGGUUUUCACUUGGAUGCAGCACAUAGUUUCAAAGAGCAGCUGAUGUCGCGAUUUAAAAAUUUUUGUAUGUGAGAUGAGCGAUUUGAACCUUGGUUGUAAAAAUAUUUAUCGUAACCUUUUCAAGUCGUUCCCAUAUUUGCCAAAACUUUUCUUUGAAAAGCAUGUAGAUAGAUGCGUAAAGAGACCCUGAUAUUUUUGUUUCCGGUUUCAUUUUCAAGCAGGUAAGGUUUUUGAAUAAUUCAUUCUGAAUCUCAAAAGUUGUAGUCUAACAUCAUUUAGUUCUUUUUUAUUGGAGAUGUUUA